AUGAAGCCCUUCUUUGUCAUCGCCGGCCUUUUCGCUCUCGCCUCCGCGUCUCCCGCCGCUCCCCCCGAGCCAAGGUCUCCCCUCGAGCCAAGGUGCAGAAGUAUCGGCGGCUGCAAAGUUCAAAGUGAUUGCUGCCCUGGUAAUUACUGCCGUUACUUUGCUGGACUGGGUCAGAGUCUUUGCAUGAAGGCGUAA